AUGCGGCAAGCUAUAAUUCUCGGUCUCGGGCUUCAGCUUUCGGACGACGCUGAGAAAGACAUUCGCCAGCUCGACUUCCCUGAGCUCUACCGUGCAGGAUACCGAGGAGCGGUGUUUGACAAGGACAACUGCCUGACUCUACCACACCAAGAUACCCUUGUGCCCGAACUCAAGGAAGCAUGGGAGGAGUGCAAACAGACAUUCGGGAGGGAUAAUGUCUUGAUCGUCAGCAACUCCGCAGGUUCGCGACUCGACGGCGGCGAGAUCGAGGCAGAGUCCGUCUCUUACCACCUCAACGCGCCCGUCCUGCGACAUCUCGCCUACAAGCCGUCCUACUCAUGCAUCGCCGCCAUCCGCGCCUACUUCAGCUCGCUCCCCACGCCUGUGCCCGACGAGCAGCUCAUCGUCGUCGGCGACCGUCUCCUAACCGACGUCAUCAUGGCGAACCGCAUGGCGCGUCAGCGGCCCGCGCAGCGUCCCCCGCACGCGAGCAAGGAGCGCGACACGUUGGCAAGCGAGCAGGGCGUGCGCCAGGCGGGCGUCUCGGAGACCGUAAUGCAACGUGUGGGUCCGCUGACGGUGUGGACGGACGGCGUAUGGGAGCGUGACAGUCCUAUUUUUCGCGUAGUCGAGAGGAGGAUGCUGAAGGCGGUCGAGCGGUGGUGGGUCAGCGGGGACGGGAUUGUGCCGGGUGUGCAGAACGUGCAGCGGUUCAUGAGGAAUAUCCCGCAGGAGGUUCCGUUGAAGGAGGAGGCACUCUGGCUGCGAGCUUGGAAUAGUUUCCGCAGGUCAUAGGGCGGAUAAAUGUCACCAAAACGAAGCAAUUUCAUGUCACCACUCACUGGAUGUGGAACUCGACACUUGCAGGCUAUCAUUGACAGCUGUCUCCUAUAUGGAGAGACGCUGGUAAUGCUAAACAGCCGUUUAAUGCCUCAUAGACACGGCAAAAUAGCGGUAGCAAGUUGUAACGGAACGGGAUAUACCAAAAGGCCCACAGGCCGGUGAGCUGUUAAAAGAC